UGAAAACAAAAAAUGCAAAAAAAUGAUAUAAGUUCAUUCAUUCUUUCGUCACUCUCACAUUAGACAUUCCCAGAAUUUAAGGAGAAAGGGAAAAUGGUUAACGUUAUGGCGAUUCCGACAGCAAGAUUCGAGCUUUCGGUUACGAGAAUGUUUCUUGCGUUUUUGGUUUUGGUAUCGAUGAUGUUCGGCCGGGUGACGGAGGCACGUGCGUUUUUCGUGUUCGGCGACUCGUUGGUCGACAGCGGUAACAACAACUACUUGGUGACCACGGCUCGUGCGGAUUCCCCUCCGUACGGAAUCGAUUUUCCGACGCGUCGGCCCACCGGACGAUUCUCUAAUGGCCUCAACCUUCCCGAUCUCAUCAGCCAGGAGAUGGGGAAUGAAGAGCCGCCGUUGCCGUACCUAAGCCCGGAGCUAAGAGGCCGGAGACUGCUUAACGGCGCCAAUUUUGCCUCCGCCGGAAUCGGAAUUCUCAACGACACCGGUUUUCAAUUCCUGAACAUUAUAAGGAUGUACGAGCAACUUGACAACUUCGAGGAAUACCAAACGCGAGUCGGCCGCCUAAUAGGGCAAACGCAAACGCGGCGUCUCGUGAGCCAAUCGCUGGUUCUGAUCACUGUCGGUGGCAACGAUUUCGUCAACAACUACUUCUUAGUGCCCUACUCGGCCCGAUCUCGUCAGUUCGCCCUCCCUGAUUACGUCAAACUCCUUAUCUCCGAGUAUAAGAAAAUCCUAUGGAGAUUGUAUUCGCUAGGAGUGUGUCGAGUUUUAGUAACGGGAACGGGGCCAUUGGGGUGCGCCCCGGCCGAGCUGGCGAAUAGCGGAUCGAGGGACGGGGAAUGCUCGGCCACGCUCCAACGAGCGGCCUCUCUAUACAAUCCGCAGCUGGUUCGGAUGCUAAAUGGGUUGAACACAAAGAUCGGGAGAAACGUGUUUAUUGCAGCGAAUACACACCAAAUGCAGAUGGAUUUCUUGAGCAAUCCCCAAGCUUAUGGGUUUGUGACGUCGAAAGUGGCAUGUUGCGGACAAGGACCGUACAACGGAAUGGGACUAUGUACGUUCGUAUCGAAUCUAUGUCGGAACAGAGAUCUGAACGUGUUUUGGGACGCGUUCCAUCCGUCGGAGAAGGCUAAUCGCAUCAUCGUCCGCCAGAUCUUCACCGGCUCGAUCAACUAUAUGAACCCUAUGAACCUUUCCACCGUCAUGGCCCUUGAUUCCUCCCUCUGACCUAUCUUUCAUUCACGAUUUUUUUUUUUCUCUUGUUUGUAUUCGAAACAAAAAAAAAUGUUUCCAAGCUUGAGAUUGUGUAAUAAUUAAGAGCUUUAUCUAAUCUCAUUAGGUGUGACUAUUUGGUUAUUAA